AAUUGACGUAAACGAUCGAGAUCGCGACCGAUCGCCGGACACGAGCCUUGUUUGCGUUCGAACUGAUUCGACAAAGAGGCGACCCGAUUCAACUACACGACUCGCGUGCUCUUUUAUCAUACGCUCCUGAGUUAACCAUAGAGCCUCGUUAAAUGCAACCGCGUUCGAGUUAUGUAAUUGUAGCAGGCUGAUUUUCCGAUGCUCCUAUUAUAUAAUCGAUGUCUGUUUUUCAUCCGCGAAUCGACCAUUUUCGAGCUCAGAAUAAACGUCGCAUCGGUGAGGUAUUUACGAGGGAAAAAUUUUUACCGAAUCUUUCGAAUUACCGUACCACUUCUAUCUCUAAACGAAAACGCGAUACGCGCGCACUUUGUUUAAACAGCCAGCUCGAUUGUUUUCCUUUUACCGAUUCAGACAGAGCUAUGUUUUAACUCUGCACGUAUCAGUACUCGAUUGCAGAGUUUGCUUUACCUGUAACAUUUCUCUCCUUGCCAUCUAGCGACAAAAUUGAUAACGCGCGGUAUUAUUGUUUGUCAUCGGCACGAUUCGAGAGCAACGUCUUCGAGAAAAGAGGACAACCCUUAAAGGGUUUUCAGGUUCGAUCGGCAUUUGAAAAUUUAUGCCGCACACGAGCUGUUUCGUUCUUACAUCGAACGACCGUAGUGGCAUUUGGUACCUAAUGGUGGUCGUUUCAUUGCAAACGAUUCUAGUCACCCUUAGUAACGAAAGGGUUAAUAGUCGAUUAACUCCGCAGCGAUCGCGUCUGUAAAAGUGGAACGAACAGGCUCGCGAAUUACGAAUAUCAUUCGUUCUAAGAUAUAGCAAAUUCAUCAGCUACGGGCACAAAUUACCCCUUGACACUUUGACGAUUAACGACGAUCGCAGAAGCAGUAAUUUAUUUUUUCCAUGCGAAAAGAAUGUACCACCUGGACGUAUAUAACUAUAAAAACAGAAAAUAGAUAAGAGAAAAACGGCAAAACUGAUUUACUUGCUAACACGAAUAACUAAUGUUACGGGACCGUGCCAUGCUUAAAACGCAUCGUGACGUUCGUACCGAUGGAAAAAAUAUUUUUCAUGUAGUCGGUAACCGCAUUUAACUGGUGAACUCGAUUGCGCCCGGCACGUUUUCGAAGCGCCGAGACGCGUCGGCGCAUCGUCAUCGACGCCGACGCCGACUCCAACGUCUCGUGCAGGCCCGUACGAUGAGCUACGCGAGGCACGAGUUGUGCCCGAAAAACUCGUAACGGAGAGGUGUAAUAUAUUUAUAAAACCUUGAUUCGCUACUCCGGUCUGUCUUUUCUCGCUCGUGCCUAUAAAUUGAUAUUAAUGCACGCGAACGACUCACUGUCGACGCGCAUCGCCAAGUAGAAAAAUAAACUUGGUUAUUCGUUUUUUACGAAGAAAUUAGUUUUCCGAAUAAACGCUGCUCGCUCGAAUAUACUUCGAUUCGUUGGUUCUCGCUAGGACCGAAAUGAUAAAUUUCAAUGGAAAUUUGUGUCGUUUCGAAUAAUUGUUGUUUCGCGAUAUACUCGAUUCGAAUCGAGUACAAUCGUCCGAGAAAAUUCGGUAGAUUCGAAUUUCCUAUAGUCUCUCGCGGCCUGUGAAAGUUGGACGUCGAUGCACCCCUGAUCGAUUCAUCCCUGGUAACGAAAGCUGACGACAACGACGCCAUGUCGACGUUCAUCCCUGUAGUUCGUCCUCGUUGCCACCCCCGUUACGUCCCCAGCUGACCGUGAAUCCCGAGGAACACGCGUAAAGGAUCUUCGUACCGCAACCAGGUUUCAUCGCACCAGGUCACUCUCGCUAGACGAAUCUGGGCUAUGAAUGAAGACCCAACCCUUCCAUUUCGAGGUAAUCGCAGUUUUUGACAAGUGUUUGUGUAUCGACAGGCGGGAUGGUCAUCGCGUUUAUUCGUCACAUCGGCCAGAUUGCGUCAUUACGAAUCAAUUUUUUCCUUCGUGUCAUCGAGAUUGGACGAGGACUCGCGGAACGAUAGGGGUUUCUCUCGGGCACCAGCUAAGGAUGAGCAAAACGAUCAGAGUUUUGAUAGUGUUACUGUUAUCCGUAAUCCCUUGGCCAGGACCGAGCGUGUUUAAGAUAUCAUGUCCCCGUGAUCGUGCAUCCGUGGUGAGAAGGAUCGUACAGAAGAGAUGGAUGCCCAUUCUGAAGAAGUAUCAGGUAGAGCUGCCAUUGGAGUGUCCGUUUCACGAGAGUCGAGACAUUUUUCGGCCUCAGCAAAAGGCGAAACACCAACACAGACCAUCGCAAUGGACGUGUGGCCUGUGUGGCAAGUCCUUCUAUGCGGAGAAACAUUUGGAUGCCCACUUCGAUAACAGACACAAGAGCAACGUCAACACGGCGGAGGACGCGGUGUGUCUCGCGGACUACUGCGACAUCAUGAGAUGCGAUGUGCUGGGCAAUCGAGACUUCGAAAGUUCCCUGGUGGACGACGAGGCUGCCCAUCACACCACGGAUAUCCAAGUAUGGAAGGAGAACACGGAGCAACGUUCCACCUCGGUGAUGCCGUGCGAGUCGCGAGGACUCUCCAGAUCGAACAUCCAACUGUACUGUCAUCGAGAAGACAGCGGCGCGCUCGAGAAUCAUCGUUUACCCGGUACGGCGUAUCACGUGGAGAUCGCUGGUCCCGACAACAAGAGUAACGCUUGCGACAGCGAGGACGAGGACGAGGACGAGGACGACGACGACGACGACGACGAAGACGACGAGGAAAACCUCGUGGAAGCGGCUCUACCUGCAGUCGACAAGAAGCAGCGACGCAAAGGGCUGCACCUGAGGAAACUCAAGUCCAACUGCAAGCCGGAAGAGCUGCAAAAGCUGAAGCUACAGUGCGAAAUAUUGGUUCGCGAUUGCAUCGCUGGACUUUUGACGAACUUAUCCGUUCGAGAUUUCCAGGAGAUCGAAGGUGAAUUAAAUCGCGCGAUAUGCUGGUACCUUAGCUGUGACAGAUAUUGGGAAGACACUAAAAGACAACAAAGGCAUACACCUUGGUACCUAUUGACCAUUUUUCUGGUCGUACUCUCGUCGUCGAUAUACGCUUGCUAUUAUGUCAUUUGGGUUCUGUUCAAUUCGGCGGAGGAGGACAGACUAGACGGGACCGGAAGUAUGGACUACACGGAUGGAGAUUACACGGCUACGUCGCCGUUACACGAUCCGAGUGGUCUUGGCGAGACUAGAUCCAGCGACAGAAGAAAAGUCGAACCUGCGGACGAGAAUUUACCGAUCUCGAACGAAGACAUGCCCGAUCAUUAUAUCUACGUAGCCUAUCCACCCGAGCUAAAGCGGCGAUUACUGGAGAGCUGCUACAACAGAACCACGCGACUUUGAAUCGAAGACUUAGGAGAAAAAUGUGCAGAAAAUCGAUCGAGGAAACACGGACAACUCGAUCCAUUCCACCAAUCGGUCCUACGGCUGACCUCUGAGAUACUUUUUUGUUUCUCCUAUCCCUGAUCCUCGUGUUUUGUAUACCAACUGUGGGAAUAAAUUGCAAAAUGUACACGAUAAAACGACUCGCGUUAUUCGAAUCCCCGUACGGUUACUCCUCGUUAU